AACAAUUUGCUAUACUAUUGGAUGAUUGGAUUCUGCUCCUACUUUUUUAUUAUCUAUACUUUUAUAUCUCUUUUGCUAAGGGACUCCACCAAUUGCUGAUUUUUAGGGAGUGGAGAUCUCUUUUUCUUGCACUUAUCCACUAAAUAUCGAUUUAAGGGGGUCUUCGAGGUUAAAGGGGUGUAAGAGAGUUGAUUCUCCGUUGAAAAUCUGCUUAUAUAAAUCACUUCUUUGUUUCUUUUGAAGACGUUUUCCUCUUUUUCAUUUUAUAGACGUUUAUUUAAAAUAAAUCCUUGAUAUAAUGGCUUGGGGGAAUAUAAGAAUGCCAGAUCGUGCACUGAUAUUUGGAGAAGAGAAAACUGCCAAAAUGUAUGCAGACAGAAAGAAAAAACGUGAGGAGGCGAUGAUUGAUGACGAAUUAUUACUCGCAAAGCUCGGUUAUAAACAAGACUUAAAUCGUCAACUGUCGACAUUUUCUAAUUUUGCUAUUUCUUUUGGCUGUUGCUCAGUUUUAAGUGGAUUAUUACCCUUAUGGGGAACAACAUUGCUAACCGGUGGCACUUCAGCUUCGAUUUGGGGUUAUAUUAUCGUGGCUAUAAUGACAUUAACCAUCGGAUCAAGUUUAGCAGAAAUUUGUAGUGCAUUUCCUACGACUGGAGGUUUAUAUUUUUGGACAGCCCAAUUGUCUGACUCACAGUGGGUGCCAUUUAUGUGUUGGAUUGUUGGUUAUUUUAACUGGCUAAGUUUAUCUGUAGCCAUCUGUGCCAGUGAUUUAGGCAUGGCGGGUUUUUUGACCUCCGCAGUAACAGUAGUAAAACCAGAGUUUCAGACAACACCUGCAAUUGAUUACGGUGUAUUUCUCGCUAUCAUACUCAUUCACGGGUGGAUGAAUACACUUCCUGUAAAAUAUACCGGUAUGAUCAACAACUUAUCCGUUUGGUGGCAUUUGAUGGGCAUUCUGUUUAUUGUGAUUGUUGGCUUGAUGUUGACUCCCAAUAAAGCAUCCGCAUCAUUUGUUUUCACUCAAACAUAUAAUGGUUCUGGACUAAAAAGUGAUGGUUAUGCGUGGUUAAUUGGAUUGCUUCAGGCUCAAUUUACUUUGAAUGGAUAUGACACCGCUGCUCAUGUCAGUGAGGAAACAAGGUCUGCCCAACGUGGCUCUCCAAUGGGUAUUAUUAUGGCUAUUGGAACUUCGGCUGUUGCUGGUGUCAUUCUUAUGGUCACAUGUGCAUUCAUGAUCCAAGACUUCGAAGGCCAAGUUGUGAACGGGAAAAACCCAAUGACCAUUACACAAGUAUUUUUGGAUAGCACAGGCAUUGGAUGGACGAUGUGGUUUCUUAUUAUUAUUCUCGUGGCUAUGUACUUUGCAGGUGGUGCCGUUACCGUUGGAUCAUCACGUCAAACAUAUGCAUUUGCAAGAGAUGGUGCUAUGCCAUUUUCGAAAUGGCUUACAAAACUAUCUGAUAGCAAAGUUCCAGCAAAUGCCGUUUGGUUUAAUAUCGCUUUCGCAAUCAUUCUUGGAAUUCCCUAUCUUUUCAGCGAAGUAGCGUUUGAAACAAUUGUGUCAAUCAAUACAAUUGCUGCCAAUAUUUCAUAUUUCAUUCCAAUUUGGUUGCGUAUUACUAUGGCAAGAAAGAGAUUUCAAAGAGGCCCUUACAAUAUGGGAAAAUUCUCAGUCCCCUGUGGUAUAAUUGCUUGCGCCUGGAUUUUAUUCACAUCGGUGUUAUUUAUUUUACCAACGCAAUAUCCAAUUACGGCUAAUAAUAUGAAUUUUGCUAUAGCCCCUUUCGCUUUUGUGAUUGGUUUAGCAUCUCUCGUCUACGCCUUCUCUGGUCGCAAUUGGUUUACGGGACCUGUGCGUAACAUUGACACUGUAGUAGUCCGGGAAGAGGACGGAAAAGUGAUACAGGAAACCCGUCGUGUUGUUUUGUUGAGUGAAAAUGAUGUGGUUGAUCAGCAUGAGAUCGGCGGCCAGGACACCUGGAUAAGCUCUAGCCCAUCAACACCGGAGCCAAAGUCCAUCCGUCAUUAAACUUAAAGUCUCAAUCUCUACUUCUUAUAAUGUAUAUUAAAAAAAAGUCCCCCAUUUUUUCUCGCUAUCUAUUUUAAAGCGUAUACUAUUUUGGUAUAACUUUCAAAACACAAUCAUCUUACGUUUAUUUUAACC